AAACAAGUUCAGCCACGCCUAAAAUAUUUUCCACUGUGGGUACAAGUGUAGAAAUUCAUUGUCAGGCUGAAGGCAUUUGAUCUGAGUUGGAUCUGCAAUUUCUGCCGGUGUUUUUUAAAUCUUCCAAGCAGAUGGUACGUGAAGAGUAUAUUUCAGCAACACCAGGUACUGACAUACGGAGACCAGAUCCUCAGUAUACCUACAAUGUUGGCAUUUAUGGCUGGAGAAAACGCUGCCUUUAUUUAUUUCUCCUCCUCUUGAUCAUCAUUCUAGUUGUGAAUCUUGCUCUGACAAUUUGGAUUCUUAAAGUAAUGUGGUUUUCAUCAGCUGGAAUGGGAUACCUACAGGUUAAUAGUGAUGGGCUUCGUCUGGAAGGAGAGUCUGAAUUUUUAUAUCCAUUAUAUGUCAAAGAAAUUCACUCCAGAAAGGAUUCAUCCUUACUUUUGCAAUCUUCUGAUAAUGUGACUUUGAAUGCACGCAAUAGUGAUGGAAAUGUCACAGGCAGAUUAAGCGUAGAUCCGGAUAUGGUACAUUUUCAUGGUCAACAAUUUCAGAUCAACUCUGUGAAUCUCGAUAAACCUCUAUUUACUGUUCAUGAUAAUGACACUGUAAUUGGUACAGAUAAACUUCGAGUCACAGGUCCAGAAGGUGCCCUUUGUGAACAUUCUGUAGAAACACCACUUGUUCAAGGUGUAGGAGAUGAUGCCAAAAAUCUAACACUUAAACUUGAAUCACCAACCCGAUCUCUCACCAUGAAUGCUCCAAGAGGAAUUCACAUCCAAGCAGAAAAUGGGGAUCUUAUUGGAUUGUCUCAUUUGGAUAUUGCAUUCCAUAGUACCAAUGAGAUGAUCUUUGAUGCUCAAAAUUUGCUACUGCCAAAUUUGCUUCAAGGAACAAAUGGAGAAUCCGAGACAUCUAAAAGACUUUAUGAAAUUUGUGCUUGCCCAGAUGGAAGGUUAUAUUUAUCGGUGGCUGAUACAGUUUCUACUUGCUUAAAAUACAGUCGUGAUUGUCAAUAAAGCACCAGAACACAACUGGAUUUUCCUUGGCAUUCUU